AUGGGAGGUAUUGGAAAGACACAGAUUUGUUUAAAGUUUGUUGAGAAGAUGGCUGGAAGAUUUUCCCAUGUUUUCUGGAUUGAUGCAUCUUCUGAAGAUAAUAUUGCUGUUGCUUUAAAGGGUCUAUGUUCUCAUCCUGAUGCUAAAGCUGCUGGUAUCUCUGCGUCUUCCAACUCUGCUCUUAUCUGGAUUGCAUCUCUGCAGGGUGAAUUGGCUGCUGGUGUUUGA